AAGCCGCCGGGAUCAUCAUCUCUUCGCAUCGCCAUGGUGGUGCUUCGUUUCUUCGCGAGGCCCGCAGUGCCGGCUGCGAAGCACGCCGAGAUCGAGGACAACUUGAGAUCUGUGUCUGGAGGUAAAGUUAUCGAGCUCGAGCAAACCGAGUCGUGCUACUACGUCAAUGUCAAUGGGGUGCUCAAUGCUGAGCAAACAGAGCGACUCGAAUGGCUCCUCUCCCCAACGCACAGAGAACCUUUGAAGGCAAGCGAUUCCAGUGAGCUGAUUGUCGAGGUCGGUCCUCGACUUAAUUUCGAGACUCCCAGCUCCACUCAAGCUGUCGGAAUCUGCCAGACCAUCGGCCUCGAUCACGUGACUCGAAUUGAAAAAUGCGUUCGUUACCUGAUCAGAUGCUCGUCGAAGGACGCCGCCCUGACGGCGAAGCUCUACGAAGCGCUCCACGACAAAAUGACAGAGCAAAUCUACGAGAAAACUCUGAGCUCGUUCGAACUCGACGCGAAACCCGACUCAUGGUCGGAAGUCGACAUCCUCGGUCAAGGCAGGGCCGCUCUGGAGAAAUGUUCAAAAGAGCUGGGUUUAGCUUUUGAUGACUGGGACUUGGAUUACUACACAAAUCUCUUCAAGAGCAAACUCAAGAGGAACCCCAGCACGGUCGAAUGUUUCGACUUGGCCCAGUCGAACAGCGAACACUCUCGUCAUUGGUUCUUCAAGGGCGAUUUGAUCGUCGACGGGAAACCGGAAAAACAGAAUCUGUUCCAGAUCAUCCAAGACACUCAGAACAAGUCGAACGAUAAUAACGUCAUCAAGUUCAGUGACAACUCGUCGGCUAUAAAGGGCUUCAAAACUCAGAUCUGGAUACCUGAAGAUCCCUGCGGACCGAGCAGACUCAAAGUCGAGCAGAAAACUCGACAUUUAUUGUUCACAGCGGAAACCCAUAAUUUCCCGACGGGGGUCGCUCCCUUCUCCGGAGCAACGACUGGGACCGGAGGACGUAUUCGAGACACUCAUGCGACCGGCCGGGGAUCGCACGAAAUCGCUGGAACGGCUGGAUACUCCUUUGGCAACCUUCACGUCCCCGGAUACGACUUGCCUUGGGAGGAGAGUUGGGAAUACCCACCUAAUUUCGCACCCCCGCUGCAAGUAGCCGUCGAGGCCUCCAAUGGAGCAUCGGACUACGGGAACAAGUUCGGAGAGCCCGUUUUGGCGGGUUUCUCAAGAUCGUUUGGUAUGCGCUUGGCGAACGGAGAGCGUAAGGAAUACGUGAAGCCGAUCAUGUUCUCGGCCGGAUUCGGUUGCAUCGACGAGGACACCUGCAUCAAGGUCGCACCCGAGAAAGGCAUGUUGGUCGUCAAGCUCGGCGGGCCCGUAUACAGGAUCGGAGUGGGAGGAGGCGCAGCGUCAUCCGUCGUUGUCCAAGGGGAUCAGAGCGCGAAACUCGAUUUCGACGCCGUCCAGCGAGGAGACGCGGAAAUGGAGCAGAAGCUCCACCGACUCGUCCGGGCUUGCGUCGAGCGUGGCAUCGACGCCAACCCUAUCCAGAGUAUCCACGAUCAGGGGGCCGGCGGCAACGGAAACGUCCUGAAGGAGAUCUGCGAGCCAGCCGGGGCCAUAAUUCGCACCAAAGAGUUCCAACUUGGGGAUCCAACGAUCAACACGAUGGAACUGUGGGGUGCCGAAUACCAGGAAAACGACGCCAUCCUCUGCAAAGCCGAGGACCGGGAAGUGCUCCAGCAGAUUUCGAAACGAGAACGAUGUCCCGUGAACUUCGUCGGUGAAGUGACAGGCACCGGAAGAAUAGUCCUCGAAGAACACGAUGGACAGAAGCGACCUCCGGUCGACCUUGACCUCGAAAGCGUAUUGGGUCACAUGCCGAGCAAGACAUUCAGGCUCGAUAGCUAUAAGCGCCCGCUCAAAGCGUUGAAAUUGCCUGAUGGCCUCCAGAUGACCGAUGCGCUACACCGAGUGCUCCGUUUGCCGAGCGUAGCUUCGAAGCGAUUCCUCACGAGCAAGGUAGACCGUUGCGUCACGGGACUGGUCGCUCAGCAGCAAUGCGUGGGACCGUUGCACACCCCGCUGGCCGACGUCGCUGUGGUUGCGUUGUCGUACUUCGACAAGGUCGGAGGAGCGACUUCGAUCGGCGAGCAGCCCGUUAAAGGGAUCCUGAGCCCGUCGGCCGGCGCUCGAAUGUCCGUCGCCGAAGCCGUGACCAACCUCAUGUUCGCCAGGAUUUCCUGUCUGAGGGAUGUCAAGUGCAGCGGCAACUGGAUGUGGCCCGCGAAACUCCCGGGCGAGGGAGGGGCUCUCGUGGAAGCCUGUAAGGCCAUGUGCGAUACGAUGGCGGCUCUCGGCAUAGCGGUCGACGGAGGCAAGGACUCGCUGAGCAUGGCCGCGAGAGUCGGCUCCGAAACGGUCAAGUCUCCGGGAACGAUAGUGGUGUCCUGCUACGCACCCAGUCCCGACAUAACGCUCACCGUCACUCCGGACAUCAAGGGUCCGAGUAGCGGAAUGUCGACGUGUUUGAUCCACGUUUCCUGCUCGCCGGGAAAAGCUCGAUUGGGCGGCACGGCUCUCGCGCAGGUGUACAAACAAUUAGGGGAUACGGUUUGUGAUUUGGAAAAACCCGAAAUCCUCAAAAAUGCGUUCGAGGUCACCCAGAGCCUCUUGGACAGGAGGAUCAUCCUCUCCGGUCACGACGUUUCCGACGGCGGGGUGAUUACUUGUGUGUUGGAAAUGCUUUUCGCCGGAAACUGCGGAGCCACGCUCAACAUUCUCAGCAACGGCGAUGAGGUCUCGGCUCUGUUCAACGAGGAAGUGGGUUUCAUCCUCGAGAUCAAGAACGCCGACUGCGAGGCCGUAAUGAAAUCCUACAACGAUGUGGGAACUAAAUGCGUCAUGAUCGGUGAGACCACCACGAGCGGUCCCAGAGCGAAGAUCAGCAUCACCUGUGGAGCUUCGAAAAUCGAGUCGACGGUCGCGGAGCUCCGCGACAUCUGGGAGGCGACCAGUUUCGAGCUGGAAAACUAUCAGACCAACCGUGACUGCGCCGCGCAGGAGCGUAGGAGUCUCAGAACCCGUACGACUCCUUUGUACAAUUUGACAGAUGCGAUAACGCUGCAGAUUCCGAAAACGAUCGCCAACAGAAACAUCAAGGUCGCGGUGGUCAGAGAGGAGGGUGUCAACAGCGAUCGCGAGAUGCAGGCCGCCCUGUACCUGGCCGGCUUCGAGAGCUGGGAUGUGACGAUGACCGACCUCCUGGACGGCAGGAUUACCCUCAGCGAGUUCCGGGGUCUCGUAUUCCCGGGAGGCUUCUCGUACGCUGACGUGCUGGGAUCGGCGCGAGGCUGGGCCGCCGGCUUCAAGUAUCACAACGGACUCCGCAGUCAACUCGAAACAUUCAAGAGACGGCGAGACACUUUCUCGCUGGGCGUGUGUAAUGGGUGUCAAUUGAUGGCGCUACUCGGAUGGAUUUGUCCGGGCAAACGCGACCAGCCCGGGGUCUCGCUGCUCCAGAACGUAUCCGGCAGGUUCGAGUGCCGCUACAGCAACGUCAGGAUCGAGGAGUCGAAUAACAUCUGGCUGAAAGGUAUGGAAGGAGCCAUCAUGGGAGUUUGGACAGCGCACGGCGAAGGACGGUUCGAUUUCCAGAAUGCGGAACUGAUGGCCGCCUGUGAGAACAAGAACCUCGUGACCGUUCGAUACGUCGACGAUAAAGGAGCUCCGACUCAGGUUUAUCCAUUGAAUCCGAACGGAUCACCGAAUGCCAUCGCCGGACUCUCGUCUGAGUGCGGCCGUCAUCUAGCCCUGAUGCCCCAUCCUGAGCGUUGUUUCCUGCCGUGGCAAUGCGCCCACUGGCCAACGAACGAUGCGAGAUACAAAAACGCCACAGCCUCUCCCUGGCUCCAGAUCUUCGUGAAUGCCCACAAAUGGGCCACAUCGAAUACUAAAUAAUGGUCUAUACCGGGCCGAUUCCGACGUUCUCGAAGACUGCGAGCUAUCGAUGGCUGAUUCUGAAUAAAAAAUCGAAAA